GCGGCAUUGAGCGGGUCGAAGUGUCUAGUGGCCUAAAUAGCGGGAAUUCCUAAAGGGUCGAAACCAUAUAACAGUUAAUCAACAGAAUGGACUGCGAUGAGUUCAGAAGCCGCGGCAAGGAAAUGAUAGAGUACAUCUGCAGCUACCUGGGCAACAUAGAGGCCAGGAGGGUGACUCCCAGCAUAGAACCUGGAUAUCUGAGAAAACUGAUUCCUGAGGAGGCACCAAAGGAUGGUGAAGACUGGGAUAGUAUCAUGGCUGACGUGGAGAGCAAGAUCAUGCCUGGAGUAACCCACUGGCAGCAUCCGAGGUUCCAUGCUUAUUUCCCUAGCGGAAAUUCAUUUCCUUCCAUUUUGGGGGACAUGUUGUCAGAUGCUAUCGGAUGUAUCGGGUUUUCAUGGGCAGCCAGCCCAGCUCUCACCGAAUUGGAGACUAUUGUCUUAGAUUGGUUAGGAAAAGCUAUAGGCUUACCAGACCAGUUCUUAGCAUUCAAAGAAGGAAGUAGAGGUGGGGGAGUUAUACAGACAUCUGCCAGCGAAUGCGUCUUGGUGUCCAUGCUUGCUGCAAGAGCCCAGGCUCUCAAAAGACUUAAACAGCAACAUCCCUUUGUUGAAGAAGGUCUUCUAUUGUCCAAACUAAUGGCUUACUGUUCCAAGGAAGCUCAUUCUUGUGUGGAGAAAGCUGCAAUGAUCUGUUUCGUCAAGCUACGCAUUCUGGAACCUGAUGAAAAGUCAUCUUUGAGAGGAAAAACAUUACUGAUGGCCAUGGAAGAAGACGAAACAAUGGGUCUGAUCCCAUUUUUCGUCUCGACAACACUGGGAACAACUUCCUGUUGUUCCUUUGACAACUUGCCGGAAAUUGGCGUGGUCUGUCAAAAGUUUCCCUGCGUUUGGCUCCACGUAGAUGGCGCCUACGCAGGUAACGCAUUUAUAUGCCCCGAAUUGAAGUACCUACUGGACGGCAUAGAGUACGCAGAUUCCUUCAAUACCAACCCCAACAAGUGGCUGCUGACUAAUUUUGAUUGCUCUACUAUGUGGGUAAGGGAUAGAAUUAGGUUGACGUCAGCCUUAGUAGUGGACCCUCUGUACCUUCAACAUGGCUACUCCGAUGCUACCAUCGACUACAGACAUUGGGGAGUACCACUUAGUAGAAGAUUUCGAUCUUUGAAGCUCUGGUUUGUGUUGAGAUGUUUCGGGAUAUCUGGUUUGCAGAAAUACAUCCGGUUGCAUAUCAGACUGGCCAAGAGGUUUGAGAGUCACGUGUUGAGUGAUAAGAGAUUUGAGAUAUGCAAUGAAGUAAAGUUGGGAUUGGUAUGUUUUCGACUCAAAGGACCGGACAAGCUCAACGAAAAACUUCUCAGCAACAUCAACGCAUCAGGAAAGAUACAUAUGGUGCCGGCAAACGUCAACGACAAAUACGUCAUCAGAUUUUGCGUCGUGUCAUACAAUGCUACCGAUGCUGACAUAGAUCAUGCUUGGAAAGUUAUAUGCGAAUUUUCGGAGGACUUGUUAGAGAUGCAAGCUGCGGAGAAAGAACAUGAACUACAAGAUGAAGUCUUUGAUCUUCUUGAACGCAAGAAGAGAGAAACUUUGGCCCACAAAAGAAGUUUCUUCGUUAGGAUGGUUAGUGAUCCCAAGAUUUACAAUCCUUCCAUUGCCAAAGCUUUGCCAUCUACUAGAAGACAUCUGACUCAACCUUCAGCAGAAUCCCCUGAUAAUAACAUCACUAUUCAGCCUCCAGCGAGUGCAUCCUGGAUCAGUUGGCCUCUGGCUUUCCUAUUUCAAGGAAUCGCUGAAGAGGGCAGCACCAGCAAUGUUCCCAUUAGAUUCCGUCACUUAGAUACCAAGGUGAGACUAAAAACCAAAGGUGGUAAUAAUUCUCCGAGGCAAUCACCCUCUCCCGAGGGAGAAAACAGCAGAUCACCCAAAAGAUCGCCCAAUAAUUCAAGAAAAUCAUCUUUAAAUUCUUAAGUUGAUUGUUGAAACGAAAAUAACGCCAAAUAGCAGCUUUUUGCGGACCAGCAAAAUCGAAAUUAGUUUUUUUAAGUUACAUUGUGUCAAAAGAUAUUUUUGCUGCUUCAAAGUGUUAUUUUAGUUAUUUAUUUAUCUGUAAUAUAUAUUAUUUUAUGUAUUUCAUUAAUUUUAGUAGCUGUUUAUUGAACUCUAAAUAUUAUAUUUUAAUUUAUAACUGUGUGUUCCUGCAAUUUGUGCAAGUAUUUUUGAGGUGAUAGAUAUUAUACGAUUACUUAAAAUGCAUGCACUUAUUUCAAGGACACCCUGUAUAUUAAAACAGGUAAUUUAUGUGACAAACAUAAUAAAUAUCAUUAAGUGGCAUGCUUAUUUAAUUUCAGAAUUUUAUAUAAUAAUUAAAACAGUA